AUCAAAAUAAUGAGUAUUUACCUGAUUUUUUUCUUAGUUCUGCCCUAUCUGGUUUGGAUAAAAUGCAUUUACUAUCGACAUCGUCGAACUUUGGUGAAGUCGUUGAACCAUGUAAUGAACGUUUUAUCAAUCAGAGAAACAGACGGCGCUGAUAUCAGAGCUCUGAUUGUUACUGCGCAUCCGGAUGAUGAAUGUAUGUUCUUCGCGCCAACGAUUAUACGACUCAUUGAGUUAAAUGCCAGCGUUCACCUGCUGUGUUUAUCUGAAGGAAACUACUACAAUCAAGGAGCUCAGCGUAAACAAGAACUUCUCGACAGCUGUGGCGUGUUGGGGAUACCAGCCUCCAGAAUCACCAUAGUAGACCAUAAAAAACUUCCAGACGAUCCAAAGGCAGAAUGGAGCGUCUCUUUGGUCUCUUCUGUAAUUGUGAAGCACAUUAGAGCCCACUCCUUCAACAUGGUGCUGACCUUCGAUGGAAGAGGAGUGAGCGGCCAUGCCAAUCACCUAGCCCUCCAUAAAGCUGUCAGCCAUCUCGCUUCCACUGGACAGGUACCCAAUGACUGCUGUUUGCUCUCCCUGGUUACUGUUGGCCUCCUCAGGAAGUAUAUCUCCCUCCUGGAGCUUCCCCUCAGCUGGCUGCUGUCCUCACGUCUCUGCUGCAUUAUAGGUUCGAAGGGCUACAGGCAAGCCAAAGCUGCCAUGCUUUGUCAUCGCACUCAACUCCAGUGGUUUCGUUAUCUGUACAUAACCUUCUCGCGGUACAUGUUCAUAAACACAUUCCAAACGAUCCCCCGAGGACCAAACAACCUGAAGAUCUAUUAAAAGUUUGUCCCAUCCUGAUGCGCUACAGUGGAGUGAAUUUAAUAGCUGUUUACAGAUAUGAUGAGCUACUUUGCUCACAGUGAAUAAAGAUG